GCGUGUACGCACUGGGGGCGAUCAGAGCGUGUCCAGCGUGUUUUAGGCUCGAAUCCCUUCGGCGGAGUCGGAGAUGGCACCGGCGAUCCCAAUUGUGUCUGGCCCGACGGCAUCCUCCUACCGCCCACCUGACAUACUUUCAUCAGGCCCAUGGAAACCAGCUUGUGCUCGUCUGGUCGUCAAGCCGACGAAACGAUGAACGGCCAAUACAUGUGCCAUUUUGUCGGCUUGUUUACGGCUACACUCUGCCUGAGGCUCGUUAA